AGCGGCAUUUUAACGUCAAAUGUCAGAACUGCUAACUUGAGUUAAGGUUUUAAAAUUUUUACAAAGAAAAAGUAUUAUUUGUUAUCAAACAUUUGAAAAAUUAUGGAUGACAUUGACGUUCUGGAAGACUUACUAAUUUUAAAGGUGAUUGCAAGUAGACAACGCCAUGGAAACCAGGAGAUUUUUAAAACUCGUAAUAACCAUGGAUUUUACUCAAGCGGAGUUCAUGUAUUGGCCAAAAAGAAUCCAGAACAAUUUAUCGAAUCUACUAGGUUUACUUAUGAGCAGUUCAAAGUAUUGUUGAAUUUGGUUGAGCCAUAUCUACGUAAGUACUCCCACAGAAUUCCCAUUGAGGCAGAGCAGAGAUUGUACAUAACUUUACAUUAUUUAGCUCAUGGCGGACCUGUUCGCGUAUUAUCUAUAAAGUUUCGAAUUGGCUUAGCGACAGCCAGAUCCAUAGUUUUAGAAACGUGUGAUGUAUUGUGGCGUGUUUUGGAAAGCCAUUACAUGAGCCCACCUACUGAUGCGGAAUGGAAACAAAUUUCAGAGGAUUUUUGGAAUGUAACCAAGUUACCACAUUGUUUAGGGGCAAUAUAUGGUAAACAUGUGCCAAUAAAAGCCCCACCUAAUGUACGUGCAAAGUAUUUUAAUAAACAACUUAAAAGCAUCAUUUUACUUGCAGCUUGUGAUACCAGUUAUACUUUUACUUUUGUGGACGUUGACGAAGAUGGCGAUGAAAGAGAUGGUGGUGUGUUUAAGAAUUCCCAGUUUAGAAAUAUGAUUUUAGAUAAAUCUAUGGAUGCAACAAAUUUGCCCAACUCAGACAUAGUAUUUCCUUACUACUUCGUAGCUGAUGUCGCAUUCCCUUUAGAGAGAAACAUAAUGAAACCUUAUGAAACAGUUAGUGAUGUCAGUGAGGAAGUGUUCAACCAAAGAUUGUGUUGGGCUAUAAUGCGAAUUGAGACUGCUUUCGAUUUACUUACUUCUCGAUGGAAAGUUUUGAGCAGACCCAUAUCCUUUUCGCCAGAAAAUGCCAAAAAGAUUGUAUUAGCAACAAUAGUACUUCAUAAUUUCCUGACAUCCGGUAAUGUGAACCAUACUGAUGCAGAGAAAACAAACAAUCACAAUUUAACGAGUGUAAACAGACACGAUUUACUAACUUCUAAUACGUCGAGUCAAUUAGCUCUUAAUUUAAGAAAUGAACUUUGUGAAUAUUUGAAUUCUUCUUUAGUAUAAACAUAUGUAUGUUUGUAUAUCAAUAUUAAAAAUAAUAUAAAUAAGAAAACGAUUUAUUUUAAAGUUAA